AUGCGUUGUUAUUACGAGGUGUUAGGUGUCUCACAAGAUGCUACAGACACCGAGUUGAAGAAAGCUUACCGCGUGUUAGCUUUAAAAUGGCACCCAGAUAAGAACACGGACAGUCCAGAGGAAGCUACAGAUAUGUUUCAAGAAAUUCAGCAGGCGUAUGAUGUGUUAUCUGACCGUCAAGAACGAGCCUGGUACGAUAAACAUCGAGAACAAAUCCUUAAUGGCGGUGACGAUUAUAUCGACAAUAGCCUCAAUUUAAUGCAUUAUUUUCAACCAUCCGCUUAUCGUGGCUUUGGGGAUGAUGAGAAAGGAUUUUACGCUGUUUAUUCGUUCGUAUUUAAGACAAUUGUCGAAGAAGAUUCAAAGUUUGUGAACGAUAAAUCCUUGUUAGACGAUAUACCUUUGUUUGGAAAUUCAUCGAGCCCGUUUGAAGAAGUGAAAUUAUUUUAUAAUUACUGGCAGAGUUACUGCACUUUUAAGACAUUUGUGUGGCAUGAAAAGUAUGACAUUAGACAAGCUCCUAACCGAAGAGUAGUUCGAGCAAUGGAGAAAGAAAAUAAGAAAUUGCGAGACACUGCAAAGAAGGAACGAAACGAGCAAAUAAGAGAGUUAGUUCAUCACGUUAGGAAACGAGAUAGACGUGUGAAGGCGCAUAAAGAGAAGAAAGAGGAAGAAGAGAAGGCAAAAUUACUAAUGAUGAAAGAAAAACGAGCUACAGAGAAGAAAGAAAGGCUUGAAAAACUGAAAGACUAUCACGAACAGGAUUGGAACUCAAUGUCUCACUUGGAGAAAAAUUUGACCGAGGUCGCUUCGCAUAUUAAUGAGGAGUUUGGGGACGACAACUCAAGCAGCCUAUCAGAAAGCGAGGAAGUAGAGAGCUUUUAUUGUAUCGCUUGCGAGAAAUUAUUCAAGUCAGAUAAAGCUUUGAAAAACCACGAAAAGUCUAAAAAACAUCGUGAAAGAGUUUCGUUGAUUAAAGAACAUAUGGAAGAGAAUUUGAGCGGGCAAGCCGAGUUACUGGAUGUCCAGCAGGACAGAAAUGAAUAUAAAGUUACUAUUAAUAUGAAUGUUGAAGGCAGCACAGCAGACGAUAACAGUACUAUUGAUGUAGAUGCGUUACAUUUGAGAGACUCACUUGAUCUUCCUGCUUAUAUUAGUGGUAGGAGUAGAUCAAAUUCACGUCGGAUUGUAAAAUCAUCAGGCGAAGGUCAGGAACAGAAAGAUGCGUGUGGUAAACAGCUAGCAGACGAGAUCACGUUAGCAUUUGCUCAUAAAGGAAAGAAAAGUAAAAAGAGAUUUCAAAAAACACGAAGUUUGGAAGGACGAAGUAGCGAGGAGGAUGUUGAUAGUCUUGUUAAUGAAUGUGGUCUUGACGAAUGUGAAAGAAAAAUGGUUGAGCUUAUUUUACAAAACGACAAAGAGGAAGAUGAAGUUGAGCAACACAUGUUCAAUAUCACCGACGAAGGUGUGGAGAAAAACAUAAACAUCGAAUUCGAAGUAAACUCUAAAGAGAAUGAAACAAAACGUAAGAGUAAAACUCGUCGGAAGUCUAAGAAAGACAAGACUGAGAAUGGGGAGAAUGAAAGUUUAGGUUUACGAUGCAAUGUUUGUGAUAAGGAGUACUCAACACGCAACCAGCUAUUCAAGCAUAUUAAUGAAACUAACCAUGCACUUAAGAUUGCGGAUGGAAGCGAUAGCAGCCCAAAGAUGAAUAGAAGAAAGAAAAAAUCGACAUGA